CCUUUAACUACGAUGAGUGCGACGGCGCUGACAUUGACGUCUACUGCGGCAUAUCAGUAUCCUUUUCAAAUAUCUCUUUCACUGAUUUCUUAUCUUUCAACCGACAUCGCAUUCGUUUUGCCACCUACAGACGAGAAAACCGCCUUGACAUUCUAUCCAAGCCUUUGGGUGUCUGCAUAUCCAGAAUCCUUUUUCAAAUGCGAAUUCCUUUAACGACGAGCGAUACAUUUCUACAGUCCCCGCUGGACGCUAAGUCUGUUUCAAUAUCAGGUAAUACAGAUCGAGUUGACACCAUGUUUUUGAACAGACGGAUUCCACGAGGCAUCUUGAGAACAUUCUAUUGUUCGGAUCCUAUCACCCGAUAUCGUCAUGCAUCACAAGUAAUCCGGCAUUUUAUCCUCGCAUUCGCACUCGCACUCGGCUGAAGAGGACGACGAUCCAUUAUUUAAUUAACUAGCUGAAGUUAUUAAAUACGCGCCCGACUCGUCAGUCAUAUGCUGUUCUCCUUCUUUCUCCUUCCUAUUGUCUUCGCGCGCGCUCCAGGCGGUCCUUGGGAUUCAUUCAACUAUGCGCCCAAAUCCAAGACCGUCUACCCACGCGACGUCUACAAAAUCGCAGGUUCCGUGCCUGGUGCUAGGAAUAUGGUAGGGAAUACUGGAAGUGCGACUCUGUCCCCAGAUUCAUGGUUCACGCUGGACUUUGGGAUCGAGGUCGGGGGACUCGUCUCCCUCAACUUUGACGUCGUCGACAAUACAUCCUCAGUAUCUCUUUCUUUCACAGAAUCGCCAGCCUUUGUCAGCCCACUCACUUCAGAUGACACUUCUGAUCCGACACCCGAUAUGGACUACGACGGCGUUUUCACAAUUUCUGCACCAUUGCCAAAGGGAUAUUGGACCCAGCCUUCCUAUUCCCUGCGUGGGGGUUUUCGGUAUCUGACCAUCGCGUCCCACUCGGAGACAACUCUCGAAAUCUCCAAUGUCUCUUGUGCUAUUUCAUUCAUGCCUCACGUCGACGACCUGAGAGCUUACACAGGUUACUUCUAUGCUUCGGAUCCUUAUGCUGGCGCGUACACUGUUCAGACGAAUACGGUGCCCCUCAACACAGGCCGGCACGUUCCAUUCGCUGCGGCUGGGAGUUGGCUCAAUAACGCAACCAUUGGGGUUGCGGGCCCUAUACUUGUCGAUGGCGCAAAACGCGAUCGCGCAGUAUGGCCUGGUGAUAUGGCUAUCUCAGUCCCUACCCAAUUCGUCUCCACGCUUGAUCUGAUCCCAACCAGAAAUUCGUUGUCCACUAUGUUCGCUUUUAUUAAUCCCGAAACAGGCGCGUUACCAUAUUCUGGUCCUCCUCUCGGUCUCUACCUGAACGAAUCGGACACUUAUCACGGCUGGACUCUUAUUGGAGCGCACAACUACUAUCUUUAUUCUGGGGAUGACGAUUGGCUUAAUAUCGUCUGGACUAAUUACACUCAUGCUGUUGCCUACUUGGAAGGCAAAGUAGACCGCACCGGGUUAAUGGACGUCACCGGUAUGGACGGUUGGGCUCGUGUUCUUUUGACUGCCUCAGAUUUAGCUAAUUACAUUGGCGACAAAUCCCUCUCGGCAGCUUGGGGAGCAAGUGCCACUGCGCUCAAAGCAAAGUAUAACGAGGCAUUUUGGGUGAAAAGUGCAGGAAUGUAUCGAGACAAUUUGACGACCACGCUUUACCCUCAGGAUGCUAAUUCGCUCGCUGUUCUUUAUAAUCUGACACUUUCGGAUGAUCAAAAGGUCGCUGUAAGCGAAGGACUAGAAAGGGAUUGGAAUGAUUUAGGACCAGUAUCUCCAGAGCUCCCGGAUACAAUCUCCACGUUUAUUAGCGGCUUUGAGCUACAAGCCCACUUUGAAGCCGGCCAGGACAGCCGAGCAUUAGACCUUUUGCGUCGGGAAUGGGGAUACAUGUUAUACACGAAUCUGUCUGUGCAAAGCACGUUCCUUGAGUCAUUUACGGCCAAUGGAUCUCUUGGGUAUCUAUCUUCCAGAGGAUAUAAUUAUGAUCCUUCCUUUACAUCGCAUGCGCAUGGAUGGUCUACUGGACCUACUUCUGCGCUGACCUUCUAUGUCCUUGGAUUGACCAUCACAUCACGCCAAGGCGCUACUUGGUCGGUGAAUCCGCAUGUAAAUGGAGGUCUUCCCAGGGCUGAAGGUGGUUUUGAAACGGCGCUAGGGUGGUUUGGCGUAAGAUGGGCGCUGAAGAACAAUCAGUUCCUCAUGGAGAUUAAUACUCCAGAAGGAACCAGUGGUCAAGUGAAAAUACCGAGGGAAGGCACUGUAGUAGUUGAUGAAGUUACUGUCAACGUCUGUGCACAUUCGGAAAUUACGUUGAAUGGAGGGAAACAUAGUGUAUCUAUCUUCAGUUAG